AUGUCAGAAAAGAAGAUCCUUGUCCUCGGCAGCGGAUUGGUGGCCAAGCCAUGUGUCGAAUAUCUCCUGCGAAACGAGAAGAACAAGUUGACAAUCGGUAUAAAUCCCGUCCUCACACACACACACUCUCUCUCUCUCUCUCUCUUUCUCUCUAAACUAUUGUUUCUGGCAGCUAACAUCCCGAAUACAGCCUGCCGAACUCUUUCCACCGCUCAGACGUUGGCGUCGAACCAUCCCCAAGCCACGGCUAUUGCCCUUGACGUCGCCUCCACGGAACUCGACGCCCACGUAGCGACCCACGACCUGGUCAUAUCCCUAGUCCCCUUCGUGCACCACCCGACCGUGAUUAAUGCCGGAAUCAGGGGCAAGACGCACGUCGUGACGACAAGCUAUGUGUCUCAGACCAUCAGGGAGCUGGAGAGUGAGGUCGAGGCGGCGGGGAUCACCGUGCUGAACGAAGACUUGACUUACAGUAACUCCUUAGGCGUGGACCACUUGUACGCCAUCAAGACCAUCGACGAGGUGCACAGGAAAGGCGGAAAGGCAAGUAUUCAUUCACUACUCAAGGAGAUCAAGGAGUUCCACUCCUACUGCGGCGGCCUCCCGGCCCCGGAGUGUGCGGAUAACCCGCUCCGCUUCAAGUUCUCCUGGUCCCCGCGUGGCGCCCUUCUCUCGCAGGUCAACGCCGCCUCAUACCUUCAAGAUGGCGAAGUGAUCAAGGUCCCCAACCGGGACCUCAUGGCCCAAGCAAAGCCGUAUCACGUCGUCGACGGCUACUCGUUUGUGGCGUAUCCGAACCGCGAUUCGGUGCCGUUUCGACGGUUCUACGGGAUCCCCGAGGCGAAGACGGUCGUGCGUGGGUCGCUGCGGUACGAGGGAAACCCGGCGUUUGUGGCAGCGCUGGUGAAGCUGGGGUGGCUGGACGCGCGGCCGAGGUCGUGGUUGGCGGAGGAGGGCGGUGAGUUGACGCUGAGGGAGGUGUUUGGGCGCGCGAUUGGUGCUGCUGAGAUGAACGAGGAAUCUCUCGUCUCGCGCAUCGAUGAGUUAUGCGGGUUCUCCGACGACGAAGAGAGGCAUAGAAUUAUCGACGGCCUUCGAUGGAUCGGGCUCUUCUCCGACAAGCCGGCGGCCCUCCGCGGGAACCUCCUCGAUACCCUCUGUGUCGAACUCGAGCGGCUCAUGAGUUUCCAGCCCGGUGAACGGGACUUGGUCAUGCUCCAGCACAGGUUUGUCGUCGAGUGGCGUGGCGGGAGGCGAGAGACAAUUACCUCGACCCUGGAGCUUCUGGGGGAUCCUGAUGGGCAUUCUGCCAUGGCUAGAUCGGUGGGCGUUACGUGUGGUAUCGCUGCCCAGCUGCUGCUCGAUGGCGAGCCAGCUCUCAAUGUGCGCGGGGUGUUGGCACCUUACUCGGCCGAAAUCUGCGACCCCAUCCGCAAAAAGCUUGAGGAGGAGGGCAUCAAGCUGGUCGAAAAGACUGUCGAGUGA